GGAAAAACGAAACAGAAACAUCGAACGGAGAAAAGCAAUAUGGCUGUCACGUAGGAGAGUGAUCGUGUCAGUAUUCGCGACAUUUGACGCCAAGUAAUUAUUAGUUCUUUUUUGUUUGUUUUCGUUACAUUAUCAGUAACGGAGCGCAUAUUCCUCUACUAGUGUGUACGGGUCUCUCUUCUCUCCCUCUCUCUCUCCCUCUCUCUUGGGAGAGUGAUCAUGAUUUUCCAAUGGUCUCUCACUUGCGAGAAAUGUUUCGCGGUUUAUCGAUGAAAAUAUAGUGCGGUGUGUUCGCGAGGCCGCCGGCGGCUCGCAUUGAACCAUGUUCAGCAAGAAACUUCAUGUAGACGUCAAAAAAUCGACGCUCAAAAUUCAAGAUGUCAAAAAGGACAGCGCCACCCGUUUCAAACAUCUCAAAAUUGUUCUAGAGAACGUAGAUAUAGACGAGGCGAAAGGAUUUUUUGAGGGGAAUUUCAGCCAUGUGUACUUCAUCUUGUAUGAUUGUUUUGUCACUGCAGAAGCAAACUUGCGUCAGCGUGAGCUUUCGUUCCACCUUGUACACAAAGCUCACCGGGAAGAGUUGGAGCAAGUAUUACAAUUGUUGGAAAAAGUAUUGACUUUGUUGCCUGAGCUCUUGAACAGAAGAUGGCAGUGUCACAGUUUGGCAAGGAUUCUUGACAAACUUUUACAUCCCGGAAAUAGUUGGAAGCUCAGAAGACAGGCUUUAAGGUAUUUUAUCCUCUGGUAUCAAGCACUUGGUGAAAAUGCGCCUGAUCACAUUCACCGAAUGUUUGCCUCUUUGGUCCCGGGUUUUCCACCUCGUCAAGCCUCCCCGUAUCACUCUACAGAUCGUAAACUCGAUUCUCGAAAAGAGCGAUCUACGAAUCUCGCUAAUAUUGAGGAACGAGAAAAACGUGAAUUUUACGACACUCAAUUGGGUCAGAGCAUUUUUCAUGACGGUGGUAACAACUCUUGCCAAGGGCCGAUUAGCAGAGCAAAUGGUCUACCCAUUUUGCCUGCCCAAAGCGGAGAAAAACCCCUGGAUAACGAAACACUUAGGUUUUUCGAAGCCUUGCUUGAAUUCAUGGUCACUCAGGUCGUAAAAGUUGAGUGGCGCGAUAAGCAUACCCGUCAGUACAGAUCUUUUCAAUUUCUCCUGGAAAGAUUCAAAACUACUUAUCUCCGUUACAUCUGUCCCGAAUUCGAUGAAAAUUUCUCACUGUAUAAACCGAAUUUGGAUUUACCAACGAUGCGACAUACAUCGAACCAGAGUCAGGGCAAUUACGUACUGUGCAAAGUUGCUCUUAUCAAAUGGCUGGCCAGUUUUACUCAUGUAACGAGGAAAGACGGACCCUUUACCGCACCGAUUCAACACAAUCCAACGCCCAGUGAAGACAACGCCGAACAGGAUAUGCGUCGAGUAUCAGUUGGUCAGCAAAGUAACACCAGUACAGGCGAACCAAAUUCCCUGACAAAUGACUCUACGGGUACCAAUCAACAAGCGCACCAACAACAAGAUCAAAAUCUUCAGCAAGAUGACGGUGGUCAAUCGGCCGUCGCUCUCGUUCGUCAAGUACUUUAUGGCAGUCGUGACAACGUUAACUUCGUUCAUGAGAUUUAUCGACAGGCAUUCCUACUUGAUCUUACUCAUGCAGGCGCUAUCAGAAAAGCGAUCGCUGUUUACAAAGACUGGAUACAAAUGAAUGAAAUUCCGCCGUUUAUGCUCGAACCCUUGGAAGGGCACAAAGAACGUUGCGAAAACGAAUUGGAACAACGCAAAGAAGGAAGUGACAAUGACAAAAGUCCAUCCGAUAGUUAUUCCCGACAAACUCGACUUCGCAAUGAUUCCUAUCUUGGAGCCAUACACCGUGAAAAUUUGUUCGUUCGUGCAGGUCUCCAGAACGUUCUUCAAGUUUUUAUAACUCAAGCCUCGAACGUAUUCUUUUUGGAAACUCCCGGAGGUCACGCUUCGGCGACUCUCCUCGAGGAACAGACAGACAGUUGCAAGAGAGUUUUGAACGUAUAUCGUUACGUUGUCAUGCAUGCUCGUUUGGAACCCGCCACGUGGGAUCAAUUACUCCGAGUUUUGUUACAAAUAACAUCGCUGGUGCUGGGUGGAAAAACUUCAAAGCGAAAGCAUCAAGAAACCAUUGGCGGUAAGCUUGCACCUGCGAUCUUCCAAACUCUCAUCGUCACUUGGAUCAAAGCCAAUUUGAACGUCGUCAUUUUUACCCAACUAUGGGAUCAGUUUCUUCAAGUAUUAACCUCGUUGACUCAGUGGGAAGAACUCAUUCGGGAAUGGGCGAAAACAUUGGAUACCCUAACGAGGGUACUUGCCAGGCACGUGUACAAUUUGGAUCUGAACGAUUUACCGCUAGAUCGGCUGAGCGAACAAAAAUCGAAAAAACGUCGAGGAGUUGGUAGCCGUGCUGCGUCUGCUGGGAGCGUUCAGUCGCCGAGGCGAGGAAGCGUUGAUCGUGAAACUACCGUACCCGGCAAAGAGAACGUUCCGGAUCAUCCCCUGCUGCGAGAUUCAAGAAAAAUCCGACAAUUGCCCCGCAGUGUAAGCGACAACAACAUAUACACCGGAAGAUUAAGAGCCAAGUAUCACAGGAAUAGGACGAACCCUGCCAACUUUGGGAUUCCCGCACUAACAAUUUCCCGCCCCCCUCAUACCUGUCCAGUACUACCGUUAUCGAUAGAACGAGACAUGGCGAAACUUCUAUCGGAUUCGACCUCCGGGGCAAGCGUCUCAACGGCUGAACCAUCUUUGAUUGGAAGACGGCGGGCCAAAUCUCUCGACAGUCUCGUCGUCGGUGACAGUGAACCGCCUACCCCACGCUGUCCAUCACCCACUCCGAGCAGCGGCGUCGACAGCAACAAGGAUAGUCCGAUACAAAUUGAAAAUAUUGACGGUAGCAGCAUUGACACGAACGAUGCUUCGGAAAGAAGAUCAGUAAUGGCUGGUGGUGGAGUACGAGGUUGGCUUCCGGAUGUCGCUGUCGUUCUGUGGAGGAGAAUGCUUUCCGCACUAGGAGACGUCAAUGACAUUCAGGAUCCUGUGCUACACGGUCAAGUGAUGGAAUAUCUUGUCCAAUUGACACAGACACUCAUUAAAAUUCGACUGAAUCAGGGAAUCUCCGGUGAUAAUCAAGUUACACCACCAGCUCCUGAGCUUAUUCCACCUCUUACGGUGAUCGCUCCUUGGUGCUUCAAGGCGAUUCAACUACCUUCUCGAUACGAGACAGGACGCCUCGCUGCGUAUCGUUUAAUUUGUUUAUUGACAGUUCAACCGCUCGACGUGAGUUUACCUCAAGCCCACUUGACGCUUUUUUAUCGAGCUGUUCACGGCGGAAUUGCAAGUAACGAUAUGAAGGUUCUCGAGGCUCUCGUGAAAUAUACGGGCCCGAGAUUAUUCAGUCUCAAUCUUCCGGGCGCAAGUUUACUUAUUUUGGAUUAUAUACACGCGGCUAAUAUCAUAUUAGCUGGGCAGGAUCUCGAUGCUCCGAGAACUGAAGCUGUCUCAGUUCUCGGCUCUCUGUUAACGCUUCCGGCAACAAUGGCAAAGUUGCCCGUGUUGCAACCAACGAAUAACAACGACAUUAGCACGAUGCCGUGUCCAGAUGCUAAGGAACACAUUGUCACGAUUCUAUUGCGAAGCUGUAGACGCGAACCCUCUGGCAUCGCUCGUUGUGUUGCUCUUUCAAGUAUCGCUAUGUUCGCUUAUCGCGAGCUCUCACACGAUACUCGACACUCAAGAAUUCCUGAGGCCAUUACCGUACUUCUUCAAGCACUGAGGGCAACUCAACCGGCGGUUGCUCAAGUGGCCUGCGACGGCCUGCUUUUGAUUUGCGACAAGGCCAAUGUUCUUCUCGAGUCGUACCCUAAGGUCGCAUGUAAAAUAGUUCAGGUAUUGUCCGAGACUCUGGAUACGAUGACAAACCGUGAAAAACGCGGGGCUCUCACGAAAUCGAUGCUCUUUUGCUUGGGUGAAUGGGCGAUGCAAUUAGGACCGAGUGUUCUACUCGAUACAUUCCAAAAUAAAACUCUACUGCUCACCAUAUUUACCGUUUUGGAUAAUAUCGUGCACAAUAGAAUAGGCAAAGGUGGUCACAGUCAACACCAUGAUAACGAGGAUUUUGAUCCUGACACGAGCAUCGACGAUGUAUCCGCCAAAGAUUCUUCCAACAAAUCUCCACGUCGUGGGAAUAUACAGUCAAUCCAACUCGCGGCUAAAAUGGUAAUGAUGCAUUUGGUAAAUCAUCUGGGCCACUUUCCAAUGGGAAUCGGAGCAUCGAGGCUAUCCUCCCUGGUCGUCGAACUCGAUGACGUACCCGGCAUAAACGGCGAUGAAUUAUCCUCCGCGAUAUUUCAAGCGCCUAAUAUCCAACUGUUAAUGCUCUCCGACUCGAUCAUAAUGUCUCUCGUCGAGCUCGCAGCUCUGGAUGCGCCUGGUGGUGGAGUCACCGCUGGUUUGACCACAGCUCCUUCAAUGGUCAGAGUUCUACUUCGUGAUCUAGCGGGUAAAACAUCCUGGGACAGUUGUAUUCUGUACAGUCAACCAUCCUCGGCGCCUUCCUCAAUCGUCGACGACGAUGACGAGAAAAAUACUUCAGUUCCGGUCGACGAAAUCACCAACGAUUGGAAACUUAGAAAAAUGACGAAAAAUGAUGAAUCUCGAAACACUGUUUGUCCCAGACACACGAUGCGACACCGUGAACCAAACAUAUUACCAACUUAUGCUAAUGCCGCGAGCGAUAUGGAUAAUCUUGACGACCUGCUUCGGUAUAUCGGUCAUACGAGUCCGGAGGUUAUCUCAAAUCCGGAAAUAGCAUUGAACAGUCCAGCGAGUCCACCGCAGGGUAACUGUUUCGAAAGCGAAACGAUAAGUGCGAUAUUGAGUCAGCGAAAUGCGGCGCGUGAAAAAGUGAAGACUUUGGACUCGGACCCGAGCGCAGGAGCGAUGCCAACGAUUCCACCUUCAUCGAGGCCGCCCCCGGCACCAUUUCAUCAUUGUCGAUUAUUGUUUUCACAUUUGGGUCUAUCAGGCUGGGAACAACGACGGAAAUUACAUCUGCUCGCGAAGAACGAAAAACUUUUGCGAGAAUUGCGAAAUCUCGAUGGUCAACGAUCGAGGGAAACUCAUAAAAUGGCUGUUAUUUACGUUAGUCAUGGACAAGAGGAUAAAAAUUCUAUACUUGGUAAUGUAACAGCGAGCAAAGAGUACGAGAGCUUUGUGGCGAGGUUGGCUUGGGAAGUCGAGCUCGAAACCCAUACAGGUUUCCUUGGCGGUCUCGUGCCGGGAAAAGCCUCAGGACACACCGCGCCUUAUUACGCAACUUCAUUCGUAGAAAUUCUAUUCCACGUUGCUACAAGAAUGCCAUCCGAUAGUCCGGAGAGCCUCUUACAAAAAACUCGACAUCUCGGUAACGAUGAAAUUCACAUCGUCUGGUCCGAACAUUGGCGGGAUUACCGGCGAGACAUCAUACCGACGGAGUUUUGUGAUGUUCUCAUAGUCAUCUAUCCACUUCCGGAUAAAUUAUACAGAAUUCGGAUAUCACGCAAAUCCGAAAUUCCCUAUUUCGGGCCGCUCUUUGACGAGUGUAUUGUCGAGGACAAAGUACUGCCUGGCCUCGUAAGGGCAACAGCUCUUGCUGCUAGCCGAGCUAAAAGAUCGACUCUCACUCUCUAUCAGCAUUAUUACGAAGAACGAGCGCGGUCAAUAGAUACAGUUAUGCGAAAUCACAAAGAGGCAACAACCUUCGAGGAGUUUGCUGCUAACGUUUAUUCUCCGGUACAACCGCCGAGUCCGUUCAGUGGUGCAUCUUCGGUCUCUGGAUCUACAACGAGUAUGCAAUCAGCAGCAUCUUCGAAUCUGGCCGCAGCUCUAAUAGAUCCUCAUCAGGGCCGUGCCGGACUUCGCAACAACUCGGGAUCCAGUGACAACCGCGCCAAUAGAGAACGCAUGCGCCUCGGACUCAGAGCUAUUACAUCGACAAAAGUGAGCAGUGCCGGGCUGUCGUGUACACGAAAUACAAUGCAAUCCAUCAAACUGUCAUCGGGUUAUGACAUGCCAACUGUUGGACUCGGUACAUGGCAGGCUAAACCGGAAGAAAUCGAGGCCGCAGUUGCGACUGCACUCGAAAAAGGAUAUCGUCAUAUUGACACCGCUUUUAAUUACACCAAUGAGGAUGCGAUAGGCGCGAGUUUGAAAAAAUGGUUUACCGAAGGAGGAAAACGAGAAGACUUGUUUGUAACGACAAAGUUGCCUCAUUACGGUAACAGGCCAUCAGACGUUGAGAAGUUUAUAAAACUUUCACUGGAAAAGCUCGGACUCGAUUACCUCGACAUGUAUCUCGUGCACAUGCCGUUUGCGUUUGUUCAAGACGCGGAAUCCUUCGCACCGGCGAUCAACGAGGACGGCAGCUAUGUUCUCGAUGUCGAUAGCGAUCCCGUCUCCGUUUGGAAGGAAAUGGAGAAACAAGUACGAAAUGGACUUGCACGAUCGAUAGGAUUGAGUAAUUUCAACGAAAAACAGAUACAAGAAGUUUGGGACAACGCUGAUAUCAAACCCAGCAAUUUGCAGGUUGAAAUGCACGCGUAUCAUCAACAAAAGAAGCUCCGAAAAUUUUGCAAGGAACAUAAUAUCGCUGUAACGGCGUACAGCCCCCUCGCUUCGCCUGGAGCCAAGGCUCAUUUUCAGUCCAAAUACAACUACAGUCCUGACAAAUUUCCUGAUCUCCUGGGACAUCCGGUUGUCCAAGAAAUUGCUAAAAAACAUAACAAAACGAGCGCACAAAUAUUACUGCGACAUUUGGUUCAAGAGGGAGUAAUCGUAAUACCAAAGAGUUCAUCACCCGAAAGAAUCAAAAUUAACAGCGAUUUGUUCGAUUUCACGUUGACCGACGAUGACGUUAAAGCUCUCGAUUCGUUGGAUCAUGGACCGGCUGGAAGAAUUUUCAACUUUCUCUUUUUUAAAGGAGUUGAGCAUCAUCGACAUUAUCCUUUCAAGGAAGAACUGCCAUGAGCUCUCGACAGAUUCGAUUAAUACGAACGUAACAAAAACACUUUCACAGUGUUAAACUACCUCGAGAAGAAAGCAAAGGGAAUGAUCGAGUGCUCUGUUAAUUAGGUUAUUGUAGCUGCUUAAGUGUUAAACUUGGUUGAGAUUCUCAAAAAAAAAAAAAAAAACAAGUGAAAUUGUAAGGACGGAAUUCCUCUGGAAAAUAUGAAUUCCAAAAUGGAUUUGAAAAAAUCAUGAACAAAAAUGAGCAACAAUUGCACAUCGAUUUUUAUGUAAUCCAGUAAAAAAAUCACAAUUAUUGUAAAAGAAUAGUCGGAGGUAUUUCGAAGCGGCGAUCAAUGCAAGGGAUACAAGCACAAAUUGGAAGGAAAACUUUUCUAACCGACUUUACGAGAGUUUAUUAGUUUUUAUCAUGCAAAAUAUAAAACGAUAGAGAACGAGAGUACAUACCCCUUA